CCCAACGCUCAGCACAAGCUGGCUUCUUGCUCUUCGAGAGUGUUUCCCAUUUAAACAAACACAGUGCUGAAGAUGGCGGAGAGUUAAUAGGGAAAGGAAGAAGCUAUUGGUGCGCUCACAGAGAUAUAUCUAUUUGGGUAUAAUACCAGUAGACCAGUCCAGGACCAUUAUCUGCAGGAGAGAAAUUGUCUCGUCCACUCUAGGCUCCGUCACAAGGUCGCUCUGCGUUGACGGGCUCUCAUUUUCACUCAGAAAAUAAGAGGGACCCAAUUGAACUCUAAAAAGGAUGUGAAGUUCAAUGAGGUUGGAUUUCAUAAUUUAUACUCUGCUGAAGAGGUGCUGAUAUGUGUACACGAUGAGCGGACUGGGGGACAACUCCAUGGAGCCUCUGAGCUCGGAAAACCGAAAACGCAAGCUCUCCACCUGCGACACGCCCGGUCUGGGGUGUGAGCGGAGACGGCGGGAGCAGGAGACUAAAUACAUCGAGGAGCUGGCCGAAUUGAUCUCUGCCAACCUCGGUGACAUCGACAGCUUCAACGUCAAGCCAGACAAGUGUGCCAUCCUCAAGGAGACGGUGCGCCAGAUCAGACAGAUAAAAGAGCAGGGCAAAGCGUCCUCCAAUGAUGACGAUGUACAGAAGUCGGACGUGUCCUCCACGGGACAGGGGGUCAUAGACAAAGACCACCUCGGGCCGCUUCUGCUUCAGGCCCUGGAUGGUUUUCUGUUUGUGGUGAACCGGGAGGGCAGCAUAGUGUUUGUGUCUGACAACGUGACCCAGUACCUGCAGUACAAACAGGAGGAGCUCAUCAACACUUCCGUCUACAACAUCCUCCAUGAGGACGACAGGGAGGAGUUCCACAAGAACCUGCCCAAGACCAAUGUUAAUGGGGUGUCCUGGGGUGGGGAGGCGCCACGUCAGAAGAGCCACACCUUCACCUGUCGCAUGCUGGUCAAGUUUGGCCACACCCACGGACCUGUGGAGGAGGGACCAGGAGGGCCGCGCUACGAGACCAUGCAAUGCUUUGCCUUGACCCAGCCCAAGGCCAUGAUCGAAGAGGGGGAAGACCUGCAGUCGUGUAUGAUCUGUGUGGCCCGUCGUGUGACUGCUGUAGAGAGAACAGAGAGCUUCAACACCCGGCACGAGCUCUCAGGUAAGCUGAUCCAGAUAGACCAGAACUCGCUGCGUGCGUCAAUGCGUCCUGGCUGGGAGGAUCUGCUGAGGCGCUGUAUCCAAAUGUUCCUACAGCACAGUGACGGACAACCCUGGUCCCACAAACGCCAUUAUCACGAGGCUUUCCUACAGGGUCACGCUGAGACCCCCCUGUACCGUUUUUCUCUCUCGGACGGCACCCCUGUCACGGCCCAGACCAAGAGUAAGCUGUAUCGCCACCCCAUGAGCAACGAGGCCCAGGGCUUCAUAUCCACCCACCUGCUACAGAGGGAGCAGCAUGGCUAUCGCUCUGCCCAGGGCGGGGGCAUGAUGCCAGGGCCUAUGAGGCAGCAGGGCAUGGGGGGCCCCAACCCCAACGCCCAGAUGAACAUGCCCCCUGGUGGAGGUAUGGGGGGUAUGAACCGGGGCUACGGGCCCAUGAACGAACAGAGCCACAUGGGACAGAUGGGAGGUGGUUCAAUGUACGGAGGGAAUGGAGGUGGUGGUGGCAGCAGGGGAGGCAUGGGCAACAGAAUGAUGCAGAUGAAUCAGAUGAAUCAGUUGAACCAGAUGGGCCAGAUGAACCAAAUGAAUCAGAUGGGUCAUCAGAUGAACCACACAGGUCCAGGGAACCACCCUGGCAUGCAGCAACAUCAGCACCCCCAGCAGCAACAUCAGCAGCCCCCCUUCCAGAGCAGUGGGGGGUACGGACUGGGGGGUAUGAACAGCCCCUUGGGGAGUCCCCGGAUGAUUGGCCCCCAGCAGGGGCUCCUGAUGUCCCCCCGAAACCGAGGCAGCCCCAAGAUGGGUGCCAGUCAGUACUCACCUGGAGACAUGCACUCCCCCAUGGGCCCUCAUGGAGGAGGAGGUAGCACCUCUUUCUCCAGCAGCUCCCUCAACGCCCUGCAGGCCAUCAGCGAGGGGGUCGGGAGCUCCCUCCCCUCCACCCUCACCUCUCCCUCCCCGGCCAACAAACCAGACAGCUCCCCCAGCGUCCACUCCUCCUCUCAGUCCACCCAGCCCAGUCACCCUGCCAAAUCCGGCCCGGAUGACUCCAAAAGCCCAACAGGAGGCCUGGGUCCUGCGCCCAGCGUGCACCCCCUCCACCAACACCAUCACCACCACCCACACCACCAGUCCGAGAGCUCUGGAGACAGGUUGGACAGCCAGGCCCCGGCAGACAGCAAGGAGCCCAGAGAGGGGGCCAUCGAGGCUGGGGUGAGCUCAGAACCCACCCGGAGAGUCCCAGACGGUAAGGGCCAUAAGAAGCUGCUGCAGCUGCUGACCUCCCCCACUGAGGAGCUGGGGUUAGGGGGAACUGGCUCCGCCUUGCCCUCUAUACCUCCCCCACCAGGCAGCAGCAACACCCCAGCAGGGUCCGACACUAAGGACCCCACAGGAAGCAUUUCCAGCCCUUCCUCUACUGGAGUAUCCUCCUCUUCCUCAGCCUCCACCAAUCAGGGCCAGGCGUCGGGCACAGCUCUGGCCAAUGCUCUGGCCUCUGCCCACUACACGGCGUCGCUGCAGGAGAAGCACAAGAUCCUCCACAAGCUGCUGCAGAACAGCAACACACCCGAUGAGGUGGCCAAGAUCACAGCCGAGGCCACUGGCAAGGUGACCCUGGGUGGCCAGGAAGUCCCAGGGGAGGUGGGGGCUGUAGGAGCAGGAGGAGUGACAGAGCCUAAGCAAGAGCAGCACAGCCCCAAGAAGGAGAAGACCCACGCGCUCCUCCACUACCUCCUCAACAAGGAUGAUACUAAAGAGCCAGUGGAUGUGAAACCCAAGCCUGAGGAGCUGGAAGGAAAGGGGCCCCCAGGAGCCACUGCCGGCCCCCCACCCAGAGGCCCUGGCGCUGGACCCGGCCCAACAGCUGAACACCCAGAGAGCAAGAUCAAGUCAGAGCCGCCUGAUGAGUUGGACAACCUGGAGUCCAUCCUGGGAGGUUUGAGGGGUUCUGGCUCUGAGUUCUACCCCGAGCAGGGAGUAGGAGGAGGGAACAAGGCCCAGGGUUGCCUCGACGAGAACCUGCAAGGGAGUUCGGGGAUGGCCCCUGGCCCACGAGGGCCCUUCCAGAGGGCCAUGUCAGCAGACACCAAGCCUGGAGUGGUGGGGAGGCGCCCCAUGCUCAUCAAACAAGAGAACAUGAUGGGCAGCCCAGAAGGAUACCCAGGGAACAUGGGUGUUUGUCCACGAGGCGUUGGAACAAGGCCGAUGAACAGGGGCAUGGGGGUUUCCCAGCGCUCUCCCAUGGGGGGGUCAGGGGAUUGGGGGAUGCCCCGCUCCUGCGCCAGCCCCGUGGGCUCAGCCGGUCACCCCUCCAUGAGCCGUCCUGGCAUGGACUACAACUCCAAAGGCAUGAUGGGAGGGCCCAUGGUGGGAAGGUCCAACAGUGUUCCUGGCACCAGAUCCAUGCUGCAGCAACAGCUAAUGGACAUGGGAGGUUCUGGUGAGAUGGGGAUGAGUCCGUUCGGUCAGCAGGUCCAGCCCAACCAGUCUCCGUCCUGGUCUGACAGUGUGAUGGGUAUGGAGGGAAACCACAGCAGGCGUCAAUUUGGAAACGCCCUGGAUGAGCUCCUGGCUCCGCCCACCACCAGCGAGGGCCAGAGUGAUGAGCGAGCGCUGCUGGACCAGCUGGACUCUCUGCUCAACAACACGGACGGCAUCGCACUGGAGGAGAUCGACCGGGCCCUGGGCAUCCCCGACUUGGUCAGCCAGGGCCAGGGGCCAGAGCAGCAUGGUGAGCCCUUCCCCGGCCAGGAUCCUUCCAUAGUGCUGGAGCAGAAGCCUCUGUACGGCCAGGGCUACCCCGGACCCCCCUCAAUGGCCAUGCAGUCAGCCUACGGGGGGAGCCCUAUGCAGGGCCAGCCCCAACAGGGUGGCUUCGGCCCCAUGCUCUCCCAGAUGGGCCCAGGGGGCAGCUUCCCAGGGAUGGGAGGCAUGGGGGGUAUGGGUCACCCCCGUGCUAACAUGAUGAGACCCAGGAUGAUGAGCGCCACCAAACCCAUGAGGCUCCAGCUGGCGCAGAGACUACAGGGCCAACAGUUUAUGAGUCAGACUCGGCAGGGGAUGGCCAUGAAGAUGGAGAACCCUGGAGCAGGCAACCCUGGCUUGAGGCCGGGUAUGCAGCCUAGCAUGGGAGGACAGCCUGGCUUCCUGAAUGCCCAGAUGAUGGCCCAGCGUAGCAGGGAGAUGGUGACCAUGCAGAUGAGGAGACAGAGGAUGAUGAUGCUAAUGCAACAGCAACAGCAGCAGGCAGCAGCAGUGGCCGCCGCAGGGGGGUUCAGCCCCCCUCCCAACGUCACCGCCCCCGCCGGCAUGGACACCCCUAUGGGAGGCCCCAACCUGGGCCCCCAGCAGUUUGGCUACGGGGGAAACUACGGUAUGGCCCAGCAGGGUGACCCGUCGUUUGGCCCUGCGGGCAGCAGUCCCCCCAGCACCAUGAUGUCAGGCCGCCUGGGUCCUCAGAAUCCCAUGAUGCAACAGCAUCCCCAGGGCGGACCCAUGUACCAGAGCAAUGACAUGAAGGGCUGGUCGCAGGGAGGCAUGGCCCGUAACAGCUCGUACCCCCAGCAGCAGUUUUCCCAACAGGGCAACCCGGGGCAGCAGCAGUUUGUCCAAACGGGCAACCCAGGACAGUACGGGGGCAUGAUGAUGAAUGGGGGCAUGCCUUCCAAUGGAGGGGGGGGCCAUAUGGGGCAGAUGGGGAUGAACCCCAUGGUGAUGGGACGUAUGCCGAUGGGGCCUGAUCAGAAAUAUUGCUGAACCUGAGACAGACGAGUGUGGUGGAACAGAACAGACUCACUGUGAUCCUUUCAGAGAGAUGAGUGCAGUGAUGUGUGUGUGUGUGUGUGUGUGUGUGUGUGUGUGUGUGUGUGUGUGUGUGUGUGUGUGUGUGUGUGUAGUACUCUACUCCCACCAGUUGGGGGUGCUGCUCUCUGGACUCGAGGCAAGUGUUGGCAGUCUCACAGCUGGAGGAAAAUAGACAGAGGACACACUAUUCUACUCUCACUUCUUGUACAUGAGACAUGCUAUGACACACACCAACACACACACCCCAAAACAUCCAUGUAUCUAAAGACACACUGUGACACACAAACACACACACACAUACACAAACUGACGGAUCGAAAUUAGAAGACAUCCUCUCUCUCGUGAGAUGUGACUACCAUCAUGCCAAGUUCACCCCUGGCCGUGGGAAUUCUCUCUCUGCUUUGGAACGCUAUGAGAGAAGACAGUGUUUCCUAGUUCUGGUCCUGGAGGACCACCGUGUAUGCAGACAAUGGCAUCCAGUCUCUGAAUCCACACUUAAUGAAUUAUAUAUAUAGUCCAUUGUUGGAGAAGGUGGGAGUUGAUUGUAAUCACUGAUACAUGGUCAGCUAUUUUCACAUCCUCCUAAUGAUUAAGAUUAGGGAACCCUGAUCCUAGAUCUGUGGUUAGGGGCAACUUCUACCUCUAUAAGCUAUAUUACUAUACUGAUGAGCAGUCAUGUAGUCAAUAGCAUAUAGUCAAUUCAGAAGUACAACACCAGUCAAAAGUUUGGACACACCUACUCAUUCCAGGGUUUUUCUUUAUUUAACACUAUUUUCUGCAUUGUAGAACAAUAGUGAAGACAUCAAAACUAUGAAAUAACACAUAUUGAAUCAUGGAG